UCAGUUCAUUCAAACUGCUGGCGGGUUAAUGGUGAGAGAUGUCCAAUCGGAAUGGAGUUCUGUCAGCCCGCUUCAUCGCAGCGGCUGAUGUCAUUACGAGCUAUACGACACUUGUUUGGGUCUUCUUUCGGUGAUAUGUUAGUUGAGUACAGUAGCAGCUCUGAAGAAGAAGAAGAAAAAGUAGGCGGAAAACGACGAAGUUGUCAACGCGAGCGGAGUUCAUUUGCUUGCAAAAAACGUAAAUGCGAAGCAGAAGAAACUCUAGGACACAACUCUACUGAUAUCAAGGAUGGUCUCCAUAUUGAAUUGGGCCCUCCAUCCCUGGCUUCAGCCCGCCUUCCGUUGCCCAAGAGUGUUGUUGAAAUGUUUCAAGACUCGACGGAGCAGGUGACAGAGGAUCGCUCACUCCAUGGUGGUCGAGUGCGCUCCUUCCAGCAUGAGCGAGGGAACUGGGCCACCUACUUGUACCUACCAUAUAUGCCCGAGGAUGGUUUUUUGGAACUGCUGGAUGAGAUGAUGCAACUCGCAGAUGCCCGUGGCAUCUCUCUGACGCGCUCAGAGGAGUUCCACCUCAGUAUGUCCCAGACUGUGGUCCUGCGGCACCACUGGAUCCAACCUUUUGUGCUCUCCCUUCGCAUGGGGCUGGCUCAGUGCCCACGGUUUCUGUGUGUAGCAGACCGGGUGAAGGUCUACACUAAUCAAGAGAAGAGCAGAACCUUCCUGGGCAUGGAGGUGUCUGCUGGCCAUGCUCAGCUGCUGGAUCUUGUGAGGGUGGUUGACCAAACAAUGGAAGAAUUCAGCCUUAGCACUUUCUACCAGGACCCUUCCUUCCAUAUCAGUCUGGCUUGGUGUGUGGGUGACUCAACAGACCAGCUCCGUGAGUGUUUGCAGGAACUACAGGACCUUGUAGACUCCCAUGAAGAUGGACCUUUCCUUCUCAGGCUGCCCUGUCAAGAGCUUCGCUGCAAGGCUGGGAACAAGAUCUUUUCUUUCCAUCUGCAUUAGCCUGAGACCAAGUUUGGAUUUCAUGUGCCUGAUGAGACAAAUGCCGUGAAACCAGAGCCACCAAGCAGUUCUUAAUUAUAGUGUAGCUUAUGCUGCCUUAAGUUCUCAAUGUCCAUUACCCCUUGUUAAUUUAAUCUCAUCUCGGUAAUCAUGGCCCUCAUUAACUUUUUUUUGCAUUACCGGUUUAAUACAUAAGAUGUAUAUUUUCUUUGUGAAUAAUUAAGUGUAGGGUACAUAAUAGCUAUGAAAGCUGAAGAAGCGCAGGUAGACAAUGUAUUACAGAGUAAAUAAUGAAGGGAAGCUGCUUUAAGUACUUUUCUGUCUAUUUUAACAAAUGUAUGUCAUUUUUAUGAGCUCAGGAAUGCAUAAACACAUGCCUGCACAUUC